AUGGGAUCCUUGAAGAGGAAACCAGAAGGAAAUCAUUGGGUAGAAGAACUCAGUGAUGCACAAAAGAAACAGAAAUCUCUAAUUGGCGAAGAUAUUUCGGCAGUAGCAGCUUGUAUUCACGAGGUAUCGUAUCCUAAAGGAUAUACGCCUCCUCUUCGUCGUUGUAAUAAUUCUAAUAGGAAACCAGCAAAGGAAUAUCCAUUUAGUCUUGAUUCAUUUCAAUCAGAAGCAAUUAAAUGCUCAGAUAAGGGAGAAUCAGUGAUGGUAUCAGCUCAUACUUCAGAUGGUAAAACUGUUGUAGCUCAGUAUGCAAUUGCUAUGUCUUUGAGAGAUAAACAACGUGUUAUUUAUACUGCUCCAAUUAAAGCUCUUAGUAAUCAGAAGUAUAGGGAAUUCAAAGAAGAAUUCUCUGAUGUUGGCCUAAUGACUGGAGAUGUAACUAUUGAACCUAAUGCUUCUUGCUUGGUUAUGACAACUGAAAUUUGGCGUAGCAUGCAAUAUAAGGGAUCAGAGAUUAUGAGGGAAGUGGCAUGGGUAAUAUUUGACGAAGUACGUUAUAUGCGAGAUAGAGAAAGAGGUGUUGUUUGGGAAGAGAGUAUUGUAAUGGCACCCAAGAAUUCCCGCUUUGUGUUUCUCUCUGCAACUGUGCCUAAUGCCAAGGAGUUUGCGGAUUGGGUUGCAAAGGUUCAUCGACAACCAUGCCAUGUUGUUUACACAGAUUAUCGUCCUACACCACUUCAGCAUUAUGUGUUUCCUUCUGGAGGGGAGGGUUUAUAUUUGGUUGUGGAUGAGAAGGGUAAAUUUCUGGAAGAUAACUUCCAGAAAGCCUUAAAUGCAGUUCCUCUUGAUGGUGAAGGAGACAAUAAAAAUAAGAGAAUUGGGAAAUGGCAGAAAGGUUUAGUGGCAUGUAAAUCAGGCGAAAAGAGUGAUAUCUAUAAGUUGGUGAAGAUGAUAAUUAAGCGCCGAUAUGAUCCUGUUAUAGUUUUCAGUUUUAGCAAAAGGGAGUGUGAAUCUCUCGCUAUGAUGAUGGCUAAGAUAAACCUGAGUAUCGAUGUUGAGCAAGAAAAUAUAGAAGAGAUUUUCUGGAAUGCAAUGGACUUACUGUCGGAUGAUGACAAAAAGCUUCCUCAGAUGAGUUGUUUUUCUUGCAUAAUUUCUCCUUCUGAUAAAAGGGACAUUGGUAAGAUACAGGACAAUUCACGGCUUCGGAGAUCAAAUAGUUCUCGCCAUUCCACCAGUAAUUCUUCAGAAAGCGGGCAAGGUAGAUUAUCUUUAGACAGUAAUGAAAUUGUUAAGAGAAGAGCCACCUUCAAUGGGAGAGACAAGGAACGGAGCAUUCCAAGUGGCACUACUGCACGUAGCUUUACAUUCCGCGAACUUGUUUCUGCAACCAAAAAUUUUAAGAUCACUCAUUUGAUAGGUGAAGGUGGUUUUGGAAAGGUUUACAAAGGAUGCAUUGAAACCGGCGAGAUUGUCGCUGUCAAACAACUUGCUAAGAACAGCCUUCAGGGGAACCAGGAAUUUAUCGUUGAGGUUCUGAUGCUAAGUCUUCUACACCAUCCCAAUCUCGUAAAUUUGAUAGGCUAUUGCACUGAUGGAGAUCAAAGGCUCUUGGUUUAUGAAUACAUGGCAAUGGGGAGUCUACAAGAUCAUUUGUUCGAUUUAAGCUCUGACGAGGAUGCAUUAGACUAG